AGGGUCUCAGUCUGUCACUCAAGCUAGAGUGCAGUGGCACGAUCAUGGCUACUGCAGCUGCUGAUUCUCCCUGCUCAGCCUCCCCAGUAGCUGAGACUAAUAGCAUGAGUCACUGUGCCUGGAUAAUAUUUUUUAUUUUUUGCAGAGACAGAGUCUCACUAUGUCACCCAGGCUUGUCUUGAACUCCUGGACUCAAGAGAUCCUCCCAUCUUGGCCUCUCAAAGUGUUGGGAUUACAGGCGUGAGCUAUUACACCUGACUUGAGUCUCCAUUUUCAUACCUAUGUUUGUACUUGUAAUUUUGAAUUCCUUUUCUCAAAUAGGGUCUCUUGAAUUGUAUAAGCUGGAUCUCUCUCUGUCCGUAUUCCUUGUUACAUUAUAAACCCCAUAAGGAUGAGGACCUUGUGUCCUUCAUUAUUAUUAUAUCCAGCAAGCCCUUGGCACAAAGAUUGCAUUCAAUGGGAAUCUAUAUAAUGACUGAAUGAGUUGUAAAAAAUCAAUUCAACCUCUUAACAUGUAUUAUCUGUCUUCUCUAUUUCUAUUGCUACUGCCUUGAUUCAGGCCCUCACUCUCUCUACCCUGGAUUCUUGUAGUAGUCUCCUAGCUGGUCUCCCUGCCUGUAGUUUCAUUUCCUUACAGUCCAUCCCCACGUGGCUGCCAAGAUAACAUUUCUAGAUGUAAAUUUGAUCAGAUUGCUCAAAUUCCUUGGUUAGGGAUCUGAAAAAAAGUAAGAGCUGGUGCCCCUGCCACAUAUACCACUCUCCAGUCAUGCUGAUCAGCUCAGUUCUUUGGAUGUACCAAAGGAUCUCAUCCCAGUUCUGCUUUUGUACAUUUGAUUCCCUCUCCCAGAAAUUUAUUUCCUUUGCUCCUUUUCCAGUGUACGCUGGCAGAUUCCCGCUGCUUCUUGUUUUGCCCCAUACACAAACUAAUACAUACAUUUAUUUCCUACAUACGUACUUAGCAUGUUCCAGAGGCUAUUCUCAUCGAUUUACAAGCACUUAUUUUAUUUUACUUCAUUUCACAUGCACGUCUGUUUUACGUAGUUACUUGUUUACACGCUCUUCUUCUAGACUUUGGGAUUCCAAAGACAGAGGUUUGAGUGUAAAACACAAAAUAACAAAACCACAACAAAAACAACUCUGUAUUCUCGGUCCCACCAUUACCAUCUCUCCUUUGUGAUGUCAAAGAGACCAGAGGAAGUGGACAGACUCGGGGAAGAAUAGAUAAGUAUUACAGACAGAAAAAGUAGGAAGUCCCUUCUGUGAGGACUAACAAUAAUGAUGUCAUUUUACAACCUUGAUGACUGUGUUCUCAAGAAACAAAGCAAAUAUCAACCGCGUCCAUAGCUUCAACAGAGCAUAACAGCUCUAACCUCAACAGAGCCUAACGGCCCUAACCACAUCUUUCCCCAGUUGGAAAGUCUCCAAACAGUUCCAACUAGCCAGCACUUCCCCAACCCCUCCCCAGUAGAAACUUUAUUAUAAAAGCCUCAGCUUGUAAGCGAUCAGGAUCUCAGCCAGAUUCCUAACUGGAACUCUUCGCAGGCUUUUCCUGUAAAUAAACCUGUUUGGCCGUGGAAUUGCCUCCUGUUACUCGCUCUCUACGUUUGUGUCUUCCUAACACCUUCCGGCUCUAAUGUUUUGCGUCUCGAUGACCAUCUAACUGCUAAAUGCUGGGGACCGCUCCCCAUAGAAAUCCCUCGCCGGAUUUCUCCGCCUCGCACCCAGUGCGACUGGGAUUUUUGGCCCCGGGGUUUGCAAUAAGGGAGUCACCAAGAUGCAGCCACCUCUGGAAUUCCUAGAAAGGAAAGAGUUGCCUGGCUUCAGCCAGUGGGCUCAGAACGGCUGACGCAUUUCCGGCCUUUGCGGUUGAUCGGUCAUUGGGGUGCUGCAGCCCCGCCACCUGUUCCGUAGCUUCCCGGUGCCCCGAAGGUGAGUCUUGGCCCCUGGUCGCGACCCGCCAGGUUCCCAGAAGAUUUCAGGUCUGUGCCUUGGAGUAGGCGGGGAGGGAACGUCUGCGCAGGCGUGACCCCCGCCCCUACACAUUCUCUGGCCUGAAGCCCCCGUGGAGUAGGGUGGAGGUCUUGCCCCUUAUCCUGACGAUUAAACAGUCUUUCUUUGUCUGAGAUAACGCCGGGAGUUCUUUGUCCUGCCUCCAAGACGAUUAAGGAAAGCAUACAGAAAGGUGAGGUUAGAGCGAAAGUUUAAUAAGCGAAAGGAAAAAGCUCUCAGCCAGCAGAGAGGGGGUCCCGACCGGGAGUACCUACUAUGGGGCCCGUUCUGGGGUUUUUAUGGACUGGAAAGGAGAGGGAAUGCGCUUAGUCUGCGGGCUGUCCUGGCUAACGCUUGACUCAGUUUGGUCCGGGACCAAUCAGGAGCUGAAAUGAUGAUUCAUAGCUGCUGCUUAGCUUGGCCCAGGACCUAUCAGAAGCUGAAGUGAAAGUUUGGCCCCGGACCAAUCAGGGGCUGAGGUGAUGAUUCACAGAAGCUGGGCUUAUAGUCCUAAUAAAGGACAGUAGAGCGCCUGCCGGAACCUACCAGAGCCCACCGUGCCCAUACCCACAAAAGGAGAAGAAACUUUUCCUGGGAACCUGCUGACUAUACAAAGGACAAAGGCAUUAUGUGCCAAGCCUUGUUCCCUUAUCUGAGUGAGCUGGAGCCAGAGUAAGCCUUCUAAAUUAACCCCAGGAAUGGCUUCAACAGAGGAACAGUAUGAUCUUAAGAUUGUGAAAGUGGAGGAAGACCUUAUCUGGGACCAAGAAACCCACCUUCGAGGGAACAACUUUUCUGGCCAAGAAGCCUCCCGACAACUUUUUAGGCAGUUUUGUUACCAAGAGACUCCUGGUCCCCGAGAAGCUCUGAGCCGGCUCCGAGAACUCUGUCGUCAGUGGCUAAGGCCAGAAAUCCAUACCAAAGAGCAAAUCUUGGAGCUGCUGGUGCUGGAGCAGUUCCUGACUAUCCUGCCUGAGGAGCUCCAGGCCUGGGUGCGGGAGCACCAUCCGGAGAGUGGGGAGGAGGCUGUGGCUGUAGUUGAAGAUCUGGAACAAGAGCUUAGUGAGCCAGGGAACCAGGCUCCAGACCAUGAACAUGGACAUUCUGAAGUGCUCUUGGAGGAUGCGGAACAUCUGAAGGUCAAGCAGGAACCAACAGACAUCCAGCUUCAGCCUAUGGUGACACAGCUCAAAUAUGAAUCUUUUCACCUCCACCAAUUUCAAGAACAAGAUGGUGAAAGUAUACCUGAGAACCAGGAGUUGGCAUCAAAGCAAGAAAUGUUAAAAGAAAUGGAACAUUUGGGGGAUAGCAGACUCCAAAGAGAUGUAUCUUUGGAUUCUAAGUACAGAGAAACUUGUAAACAAGACAGCAAGGCAGAAAAGCAGCAGGCACAUUCCACUGGAGAGAGACGCCACAGGUGCAAUGAAUGUGGGAAAAGCUUCACUAAGAGUUCAGUACUCAUUGAGCACCAGAGAAUCCACACUGGGGAGAAGCCAUAUGAAUGUGAAGAAUGUGGGAAGGCCUUCAGCCGAAGGUCAAGCCUGAAUGAACAUCGGCGGAGCCACACUGGAGAGAAACCCUAUCAAUGUAAGGAGUGUGGGAAAGCCUUCAGUGCCAGCAAUGGCCUCACUCGACACAGAAGAAUCCACACAGGGGAAAAACCAUAUGAAUGCAAAGUGUGUGGGAAGGCUUUCCUCCUCAGUUCAUGCCUUGUUCAGCAUCAGAGGAUACACACUGGAGAGAAGCGCUAUCAGUGUCGUGAGUGUGGCAAAGCCUUCAUUCAGAAUGCAGGGCUUUUCCAGCAUCUCCGAGUCCACACUGGUGAGAAACCCUAUCAGUGCAGUCAGUGCAGUAAACUCUUUAGUAAGCGGACGCUUCUUAAGAAACAUCAGAAAAUCCACACUGGAGAGAGACCAUGAGUGUGAUGAGUUUGGGAAAGCCUUCAGUCAUCAUUGCAACCUUAUUAGGCAUUUUAGAAUCUAUACUGUUCCAGCAGAACUGGACUAAUUCUAUGGACCCUCAGACUCCUAAAUGGGGCCAUCUUGGAAAGUAAGAUUUUCAAGUGGCUUAUUCUGUUCUUAUAAAAUUUAUUUUGUAUUGCAUUGAACCAGUUGUCUACAAACCACGUGUUGGUGUCUCCUGUGUGGAUGACUGUGAUUGUAGGGGGUUGCUGGGUGGCCUUCUUAUUCCCUAUCCUUUGGUCCAUUUCUUAUGAUUUCCUUUAAAGGGACCAAAUCUUAUCUGGAAAUAAAUUGUUAUGGAGAGGCUGUUUUUGAGCAAUACUGCAUAUUGAACAAUUCUAAAAGACCAGUAUCUAUGUAUACUUUUUAAAAAAAGAUUGGCUAAGAUCAAAGGAUAUUCAGAGGUGCAUCUUUUUCUGUAAGAGUGAUGUUUUAAACAAACGUAAGGUUUUGGGGAAUAAGAAUCGUCCACAUUCCCACAGGAAAUCAUUGCUAUGGUCUCCCCUAGGAAUGUGAUAGAUAGCUUCUAUAAUUAUGCAGCAUUAUCCGUGGUAUGAAACCUCUAGUUUUAAUGGUUUAGAAAUCUGUGUCUCAUUUCAUAUCUAACUGAUGUUUUUGAUAUGAAUCAUCAAUAUAUAUGUUGAUAUCAUAUGAGUUCAUAUAAGUUUGAUAUGAAUCAUCAACAUAGUAUAUACAUAUCAACAUAACUAUGUUGAUGAUUCAUAUCAAAUUCUCAAUGCAGGUCAUUACUGUAUUUAAGUUUUCCAUUUUUGUUACAAAUAAUAAGUAAGAUGAUACUUUAAAAUCUCUAUUCUUCACAAGGUACCUCUUUAAUUCAUAGCCUUUUAUGUCAGCAUUAUUCUUCUUUUGGGGGUUGGUCAGCAACUUUGAGUGCCAUUGCAAGCAGCAUCAUUUAAGUAGUUUUAUAAAGAAAAGAAGUCUGCUAUCUUGGGCAGCUUGCUGCUUACUGGGGAGGCCAGCAUGCUUAGACAUUUAUUGUCAGGGUUAAAUAUAUGCUCUGGCACCAAGUUCAAAUCUUUCCUCCCCAUUUGUGAGCUGUGGGACUUUAGGCAACUUAUCUAAAUGCUGCUAUGCUAUAGUCUCCCCACCUGUAAAACAGAGGAUGAUACCAGUACCUUCCUCAUAGGGUACAUAAGAUUAAAUAAAUACAAACUUGUACUUAAAAUGUAGCUCUCAAUAAAUGUGCAUUAUGAUUUACAUAAGAAAUAAUAGCAUUUAACAAGUGCAGGUAGAAUUUUAAGUAUCAUGUUAAAAUUAGGAUACGAAAUGCCUCUGCUGACAUUCUUGUUACUCUUUUCUCCACAGUCAAAACCUGAAUCAGAAUAUUUCAAAAGAGAGGAAAUAAAAGUUCAGCUUAAAACUGUUUUGCCCUAAA